GCAGUCUAUGCAAAACACAAAUAUUCUUGAUAUGAGCACCAGAAUCUAUGAGUGUCAUAAUCCUUGUAAUGACGCCUUUUGUCCUUUGGCCAAACUGCAUAGCCGUAGGCUAUAUUGGUCGAAAAAACUACGUCACCUCAGCGGAGGAGAAGAAAAACUUGCUGGAAACAGAUAGGCAACUCAUUAUCCUGCUUAAUAGCUAUGCAAUGGAACUGCAAGACAGGAUCAACGUGCUAAGAGGGAUAGCUAAACAAUUCAAAAAGCCCUUGGAGGAAGCCCGAGGUAGAGAAGAGGAGUAUCUCUUGAAUCCCCUAAACAGGUUGGCGCUCCUCCGUCAAAUGCACGAGGAUUGGGAGCCGGUGAAGAAGUUUAUGCGGCAGCCCGUGGGUCAGGCCCAAAUAGAGUCGAUUGUGAGUAUGCACAAGGAGCUUCCAAUGCAAGAGGACUUGAAUGAAGCUAACCAUGCCAUGUUCCGCAUCAUCCAAGCUUAUGGCUUGGAACCCAAGGAUGUGGCCAGAGGAUUGGUGGAUGGCGUGCAAUACAGAGGUAUUCUAUCUGCUAGUAAUUGCUAUGCCAUGGGUAUGUUCUCCUUCAAGGCGGGCAACUACCAAGUGGCCGCCAAGUGGCUUAGUGUGGCUAAGGAUUUGUUGGAGGAACAGCCAAGAAAGUACCACGAGGUGAUCGGGGUCACCAACAUGGAUAUCACUUUGCUACUUGCUCGCUCUUUAGUGGCUGGUGGAAAUUUAUCAAUUGCACUUGAUGUGCUGAUGGAAGAUUCCAUGCUUAGGGAAACUGGUAAGGCCCUCUCCCUGCACUUCAUCAGGACUUCGCCCAGGCCAACCAUAAACGUAGAGCCCUGGGAAUCCGCUGGAACCUUCAAUGAUCUCUGUCGCUCUGCGAGCAGAGGACAGUCGAAUGAAACCAAGCCCACGAGGCUUCACUGUCGCUACAACACCACAACCUCGCCUUUUCUUCAGCUAGCCCCCCUUCGCGUGGAGGAACUCUCGCUGGACCCCUUUAUAAUGCUCUAUCACAAUGUUCUGAGCAACUCCGAGAUCGAAACGCUGGAGCAGAUGAGCGGACCCUUUCUGGAGCGCUCCAAGGUCUUUCUUGGGGACAACGGAACCGAACGGAUUGCCCCCAGUCGAUCCGCCGAUGGGGUGUGGCUUCCUCAUCUGGAAACGAAACCCGAUGGUCUGAAGCUUCUCAGCCGCAUUGAACGGAGAAUCGGAGACAUUACGGGUCUAAACAUGCGGACUGGGGGAAAAAUGCAGUUCUUGAAAUAUGGUUUUGGGGGCCACUUUGUGCCGCACCACGACUAUUUCGACUCCAGAACUGGUUUUUCGGAGAUGGCUGGCGAUCGUAUUGCCACCGUUCUGUUUUAUCUUAAUAAUGUGGAGCAUGGUGGAGCCACUGCUUUCCCCAAAAUAAAUUUGGCUGUGCCCACUCAAAAGGGAUCGGCACUGUUUUGGCACAACCUUGAUGGGGAGACCUACGACUAUGACAAACGCACCUUCCAUGGAGCUUGUCCCUUAAUAUCUGGAGUUAAGUUGGUAAUGACCCGUUGGAUUUACGAGUUGGAUCAGAUGUUCCUUUUGCCCGCUGUGCAUCCUCCUCGCAGUCGUAACUUUAGCAGAACUCUUCAUUAUUAAAAGUAAACAUUGCCUUCAUAAGAACUAGUUUAUUUUAAUAAGCCACAUGAUUUAGAUAUAAUAUUCAAUGAA